AUGAUCAUUCUGAUCAAGGUGGACUCCCACCUCCACACUUCUGUGUAUUUCUUUAUCAGACACCUGGCUUUCAUUGAUCUUGGCAAUUCUACUGUCAUUUGUCCCAAGAUGCUUGUAAAUUUUGUUGUGGAAAAAAAUACCAUUUCUUAUUAUGCCUGUGCCAUACAGUUGGCUUUUUUCCUUCUGUUCAUUAUCAGUGAAUUUUUCAUCUUGUCAGCCAUGGCCUAUGACUGCUAUGUGGUCAUCUGUAACCCUCUGCUCUAUAGUGUUAUGACCCAGAGGGUUUGUCAUGUGCUUGUGGGUAUCCCCUACCUCUACAGCACCUUUCAGUCUUUGAUGGCAACUAUUAAUAUUUUUACUUUGACCUUUUGUGGUUCAAAUGUCAUCAGUCAUUUUUACUGUGAUGAUAUCCCUUUGUUACCCAUGCUGUGCUCAAAUGCAAAAGAAAUAGGAUUGUUGAUUAUAUUUUCAGCCUUUAAUAUGAUUUCUUCCCUCCUAGUUGUUUUAGUAUCAUAUGUGCUGAUCCUGAUUACCAUAUUUCAAAUGCAUUGUCCUGAAGGAAGAAACAAAGCUUUCUCAACAUGUGCUUCUCAUCUGACAGUGGUGAUUGUGUUCUAUGGGACUCUACUAUUUAUGUAUGUGCAGCCUAAAUCUGGUCACUCCUUUGAUUCUGACAAAAAGGCCUCUGUGUUUUACACUUUAUCCUGGUACUUAAUCCCUUGGUCUACAGCUUAA